GUUGGAACGUACUACCCUUCCAAGCCGUAGAAACUAUACACUGGGCAGGAGGCACAGGGAGGCAAAGCGCUCCACAAAGAGAGACAUGGGCCAAAGUACGUCGCAAGACGCGCCGCCGCCGCCCGCACAGACGCGGAUCGCGCCGCCGCCGCGAUCGGUCCGCGACGUUUACUGGAGAAUCCUCCAGAGCGAGGACAGACCCACGUUGUCUGGAGAGAUACAACGGCAGAUGCGAGACCAGAUCACCGGGUUGGACGAAGACCAACGAGACCCCCAAGCCGAUUUUUUUCGGCGACAUUUGUUACGCCAAGACCCCCCGUUACUUAUCUCGCGCGCGACGACGCUCGGUGAGCUGAGCAGGAUGGGGGCGCGCCUGAGCAUUGAUUACGUCACGCACACGCCAAGUCCUUUCUUCCUCGCGUCGGAGGCGGCACAAGUCACCAUCGACGAGCUAGGGGAUUACGAUGGUCCCGACGGACUAGAACAGCUGCUAGAGGGUUGCGCGUCCGACGAGAAGGAGCGCGUGCGGACGUACGUGCAGAACGCCCUGGUCGUGCUCCACGACCAAGAGCACGACGAACUUCAUGCGCUUGUGCUCGAGGCGUCACGGGAGGCGACAGCGCGACUCCUGGCGCGGGCCGAGGAGAAUUUGAACCGGCACGACCCGUUCGGCGAGGAGCGCCGCGCCGCCGCCACGCGGGCGGCCAAGAAGCUCACGGUCGACCAGCUCCGGAUCAAGCUCGUGGAGCUCGGCCAGCCGUACGACGGGACGAAGCCCGUGCUCGUCGCGCGCUACGUCGCCAGGACCACCCGGCACCUCCCGCCGCCCCGGCCCGGGCCGGCCGCCGCGGGUCCGCCCGCGGCGGCAAAGCCGAGGGCGCGAUCCGCCAAGCCCGCCGCCAAGAAGCCUUCCCGGGCCAAGAAGCCCCGCGCCAAGAAGCCCGCCCGCCGCCGCCGCAGCGACUCUGAUGAUCUGGCCGAUUGGCUUUUUAGCGAUGAGUAGGGGUUUAAAGACGAGUACAUACGUAGCAUUAUUCUCACAGCUGUGGUGCGAGAUUAUUCUGCUCCGGGCCCCCAUGUUUAUACAAAGAAGAGCCAAACCGAG